AGAAAGACACGCGUGUCUGGUUCUUUAACUUGUAUACAGAGGAGAUGAACUGGUGCUAUAUUUGCAUUUUUGGAAAUUACCUAAAACUUGAGGAACGUGGCCAUGUCCGCAUUGGCAGCAUUGGCAUUUUGCAUCAGUUUUUGCAAAGCAUAAGCAUGGAACCUAUACAAAGAUUGGAUGCUCUUCUGUGUUUUUUCGGAUCUACUUCUAGUUUUGGCUUGCAAGGUGUUGACAGCUAUAAUGGACAGAUUUGCACCCUUUUCUGUGUUUUGGACCCAGUCCUGGUUUUGGCUAAAAAUACUGACCAAUCCUGUCUUUUUUGCCUCUUUAAAAAUCCCGCUUUGUCUUUUAAGUCCCUGCCCUAAAAUCGUUGCAUUGUGCAACUUCCCCUAUGAGUCUAUACUACUGGUCUUACACAUAGGUAUCUGGCUGACCUCAUCCACCAAGCAAGGAGCUUAUCAUGUAGGGCGGUGGUCUUCAACCUGUGCCCCUCUCUGGCCGUUGCAGAACUACAGCUCCCAGCAUGCCUGGACAGCUGAAGGAAGUUGUAGUCUUGCAACAGGCACAGGUUGCAGACCACUGAUGUAGGAUCAUAAAAAUGAUCAAUAAGUGGUCCUCAUAGGCCAGCAAACAUAAUGGGUCCACUAAAAACUUUAUAUCAGUAAAUUAACACUAAACUUUGGCAAAUGGCAAUAAGAUAAGGAUUGGGGGUUAUUUACUUGUUACUAUCAUGUUAAAAAAAAGUUUAAAUUCCAAACCAUAAAUUGCAUGCAUUGAUUUGGUAUAGAUCAGAUGUAGGAAAGAAAUUUGGGUGGUCAAAUAGGGACUCGUAAUAGGAACAUUGAGAGUAUGAGAUUCUGUAAGUCUCAGCUAGGGGGCAGCAUUACAUUCGUAUUGUCAGCUACCCGGUAGACUGCCGCACCUAAUGAUAUGAACUGUGUCUAUCCUUUUAUUAGUUACUGUAAGUGUCUUUUUAGUGCCCAUUUGGUCUUUAGUAUAUCGUAGAGCCACAAUGUCUAGUAACCUGUUGUUGAAGUAGAAGAACCUUAUUGCACAGUCCCCAUUUGCUCCCUUUGACUUGUCUUGUGCAUUGAAGCUGUCAGCACUUGUCCCGCAGUUGGGUUGGUGUCCGUCACUCGCCAUCUGCCAGCUGAACCAUAAAGUGUUUGCAUUUGGAUUUUUUAGAAACAAACCUUGUCAGCUGCAGCACGGUUCUCUGGGUCGAUAGAUUUGAUGGAUGACAAUGGUACAGAUCCAAAUAACACCGAAGACAUGGAUUUUGAUCUGACGGGACCAUGCUAUGCUGAAGAGAACAAUGACUUUAUACGAAUCUUCCUUCCCACCAUCUACUCCUUCAUCUUCCUUCUUGGAAUUAUCGGUAAUGGACUGGUGGUGCUGGUCAUGGGCUAUCAGAAGAAGUCCAGGACCAUGACUGAUAAGUACAGGUUGCAUCUUUCUGUGGCUGACCUGCUGUUUGUGUUCACGCUUCCGUUCUGGUCUGUGGAUGCCGCCAUUGGUUGGUACUUUAAAGAAUUCUUAUGUAAGGCUGUCCACGUCAUUUACACGGUCAACCUCUACAGCAGCGUCUUGAUCUUGGCCUUCAUCAGCUUGGAUCGCUACUUGGCGAUUGUCCAUGCCACCAACAGCCAAGGAUCUAGGAAGCUAUUAGCAGAGAAGAUUGUCUAUGCUGGAGUGUGGCUUCCGGCUAUUUUGUUGACUGUGCCCGACCUUGUGUUUGCCAGCGUGACAGACAUCGAUGGCAGCUAUGUGUGUGACCGCAUCUACCCAGUGGACAGCCAAAAAGACUGGAAAAUUGGGUUCCGUUUCCUCCACAUCACAGUGGGACUUGUCUUGCCCGGACUCAUCAUCUUGACUUGCUAUUGCGUCAUCAUUUCCAAGUUGUCUCAUUCAAAGGGCCAUCAAAAACGCAAAGCCUUGAAGACCACGGUGAUCCUCAUCCUGGCGUUCUUCGCAUGCUGGCUCCCGUAUUAUAUCUGCCUUACCAUUGACACCUUUGGUUUACUUGAACUCUUGAAGUUUGAUUGUUACAUCGAUAACAUGCUUCACAAGUGGAUCACCAUCACCGAAGCCCUGGCCUUCUUCCACUGCUGCCUCAACCCCAUCUUAUAUGCCUUCCUCGGGGCCAAAUUCAAGACCUCUGCCCAAAACGCCCUUACGUCUGUCAGCAGAGGGUCCAGUCUAAAAAUACUUUCCAAAAAGCGUGCUGGACUUUCAUCCGUCUCGACAGAGUCAGAAUCCUCCAGUUUCCAUUCCAGUUAACAGAGUCUGGAGACCAAGGACUUUAUUCUUUGUAAUAUAUAUAUAUAUAUAUUUCUUAUUGACUGAGAGGUAUAAACCUUAUUUAUACAGAAAUUUUUUCUUUUUUUUUUAUAUCUUUAUUGUAGGCCGGGCCUAAAGACUAUUGAUUGGUUCACAAUAAACUAGUUACAUUUGUCCAUUACAGUGCCAAAUUUAUUGUCUCUGUACAGGGACCCUUCCUGCAUCUCAUGAAUGUGACGCUUUUAUAGACCUCCCUCCUUCUCUUUGUACUGAACAAAGGACAAACCUGUAUGGUUAAUGCAUUAUACCCUCCACCCCCCCCCCCCCAUACCCUCCCGCCAUGUCUGUAUAUUUGUACAGAUACUACCGUACUGUCUCGUGUGCUAUUUAUUCUGUGUGUAAGUAGGAUAAGGACAUAAAUAAUAUAGUACAAGGGCUAGCUAGCACCAGUGUUGUCGUCGUUUUUUUAUGGGGAUCAGUGUCGGUGUAAGAUCGGAUUUUAUGUUCCAUGUAGUAGAAUAGAGGACAAUGGCCAGUGUGUAUUGCAGUAUAAAUUUUUCCAGGGACCUACAUAGGACAUAGGUCCUGCAGCAGAAAGCAGAGGCCCCUCUCCUGUAUCACUCCACCACAUCCAGGACAACAUUUGGUCCUCCAUAUGGUGCUUAAGCCUAGCUCAGUGGGACAACACUCAUUAGUAAGUGGACUGGGGCCCUAUCCCAAGGCCCCUUGGGUGGCACCUAUGUUUCCUUUGUAACAACCCACCAUUGGGUAAAGCAGCUGACCUCAGAGAUCUCAGGAACUAUAACAUUGGACCAGUUAGAUGUCUUAAGUUCUCAUUAAUAGUAUGGCCCUCAAGGCCAUGACAUAGAAGUACCCUUGAUGCCCCAAGAUCACAUAGAGUAAUAUAUUACAAGGUAUUGAUAUACAGUGAAACCUCUUUGAGAAGACCACCCACAAUUGCAUUGAAUAGUGGUCUCCUCUGGGGGUGGUCUUCUCAAAAAAAUAGUUAUGAUGCAUAAUCUAUAGUGACCUGGAGGUCCGUCACAUAAAAUCUGCUCUGGAAAAUGGGGCAGUUUCCUCAAAGUGAGGAGGGGGGCUGGGGGGUUUGGGAGAGAGGUUUUACUGUAUAUAAUACCGGUGGACUGAUGGGUAUGUCUAUAUCCUCUGGGUGAUAUUGGUUACUGGGCAAAAAGACACUUCAGAGCUAUUAUUGAUGCAGAAGACAAGGCUGAGGGUCACUGUGGAUGUACUGCGCCAUGUUGUAUGUGAUUGCACUUAUAUGAUAUGACUGUUAACCUAGGUCUUAUGUUUCCGAUUCAGUAUCGCCGUCCUUACAAGCCACAUACUGAACGUUGUAUAGAGUGUUUCUUAAUAAAUUCUUAAGAAAUGAAA